AUGUCAAGCCUAUAUAAAAAGAUAUCCUCACUUCCUACAACACCAAUAAAUAAUCAAAGAUCAUCACCAUCAAAGCAUUCCGUCACAUCGAUUAUUCGUCGAGCAUCAAAUCUUUUAACACAUCGUGGAAGUCCAACAGGUGUACCAUCAACAACAUCGUCAUUAUUAAAAAAUAAAUGCCCACCAUUAGAUGGUGAAAUAAUAUUUUCUAAAAAUAAUAUUUGCGUACAUCCUCCAUCACGUUUACAUUCAUAUACACUACAUCAUCCGGGUUAUUUAUGUAUUAAAUGUCAGCAUGGUCCACAAUUUGGUUCUACAUUAAUUUUAACUUGGAUACCAAAUUCAACGUUAAAAAAUCGUUCGAAUACGUCACAACAAUCAUUUACAUUAGACGAAGCAUCAUCGCCGUCAUUAGAUACGAAUGCAGAUCCGCCUCCAACAUCAACACCUCGUCAUUCAUUAUCAAGAACUAUUGAUAGUGGUUAUCAUACAACAAAUUCCAAUCCUUUAUUAUCACCAAUCGAACAAGAUAAUCAGAGUGUUCGUCGUCAUUCAUCUGAUGAUAAAUAUGAAGAUGCUCUCGAUGAUAAAUCUUAUAGAAGACAAGAAUCAGUUACAUCAGAUUUGACUGAAGGACCCGAUGAAAUCCUUGACGAACCAGAUGACGACGAAGCAUUUGAACAUAUUGACACGAAUGAUCAAUCAUCAAAUUCUGUUAUCGAUCAUAGUUUACCAUUUAUGAAAGAAACAGAAUCAUGGAAAAAUGUUACAGGUAUAAAUAAACCAGAAUCAUCAAUAAAUGAAGAUGACGAAGCGAUACGAACUGUUGCUGAUCAAUUCUGUGGUGUUUUUUCUGUUGAUCUUGGUAAAAUGCGUUCGUUACGUUUGUUUUAUUGUGAUGACGCAUCAACAACAGCUAGUGGUAGUGGACAAUUAGUUAUAGCAUCAUGCGAAUCACAAUAUAAAGUUUUACAUUUUCAUAAUGGUGGCCUUGAUCGUUUAAUUGAAAUACUAAAUGAAUGGAAUUUAUUUGCUUACGAAAAAACUCGGCGAGGUUUUGCUAAUUGUUAUCAAUUUAAUGUCGUUCGUCCUACUAUUGAUUCAAGUGAUUUACAUCCGGAAGAAGGUUGUUAUCAUUUGAUAACUAAUGAUAAUUGGAGAACGUGCAUGAAUUUAUCAGGACAAAUUGAAGAUAAUCAUCAAUUAAGAAAGACAAUAUUUUUUGCUGGCAUCGAUCCAUCAAUAGAAAAUGAAGUAUGGCCAUUUCUACUUCAUCUCUAUCCAUUCGAUUCAACAUUUGAACAACGCGAACAAAUUCGACAUAAUAAAUAUUUACAUUAUCAGAAAAUACGCGCACGACGAGAUGCAGCAAUAAAUGGUCCAGACGAAGCUCAAUUUUUUCGUGAUGUUGAAGCUAUUAUUGAAAAAGAUGUUGUACGUACUGAUCGUUCACAUCCCUAUUUCAAAGGUGAUGAUAAUCCAAAUUUACGAGUGAUGAAAGAAAUUUUAAUGAAUUAUGCAGCAUACUGCCCAACCAUGGGCUACAAUCAGGGUAUGUCGGAUCUUUUAGCACCAAUAUUAACUGUCAUUCAAAAUGAAUCGGAUACAUUUUGGUGUUUUGUUGGACUUAUGAAUCGAACAAUAUUUAUAUCAACACCAACCGAUGACGUUAUGGAAAAACAACUGAAAUAUCUUCGUGAACUGUUAUUAUUAAUGUUGCCGUUGUUUUAUGAUCAUUGUGCGAAAUUACCUGAUGGACUCGAUUUACUUUUUGCUCAUCGAUGGAUAUUAUUAUGUUUUAAACGUGAAUUUCCUGGACGAGAAGCGUUACGAAUGUGGGAAGCAUGUUGGUCACAUUAUCAAACAGAUUAUUUUCAUUUAUUUAUUUGUAUAAGUAUUAUGGCAGUAUACGGCGAUGAUAUUGUACAACAAAAUCUUGGCACAGAUGACAUGCUUCUUCAUUUUAAUAGCCUUGCCAUGCAUAUGAGUGGUCCGAUUGUGUUGAGAAAAGCUCGAAGUUUACUUUAUAAAUUUCGUUUACUACAAAGAAUUCCUUGCUGCCUUCAUGAUAUAUCGGUGCUUGCUGGCCCAGGUAAUUGGGACUCACAUCAUGUUCCACAAAUAUAUUGUAUAUGCACAACUGAUCAAGAAAAAGAGCGAUGCCCAUUCAGUGGCCUUUGUAUGUGA